UGUUUUGGUGGCAGGGUGAAUUGAGAUUCAUUUCUUGAAGCCCUCUCUCUCUCUCCAUUGUCAUAAUCUCUUUCUCUCUUGCUCUUACAUCAAGGAGGAGAAAGAGAGUUAAAAAGCAAGAAAGCAGAAGCCUUUUUCCUGUCUCUCUGUUCUACCAAAACUCAGAGCUUCUCUUCUCACUCAUCAAGAGCUUCCAUCACCCAGCUUUUUCAGGCUGUCACUGUUCCUCUCCAUCUUCUUCUUCUCCUCCUCAAACUGUUCCUCCCCCUUUAGCAACCCUUUGUUGCCAAAUUAGUAAAACCCCCCUUUCCUCAAAUCAAUGAAAUUCCAAUCUCCCAUUUCCAAGACUUGAUUUUUAUCAUCUGGGUGUUCUAGAUCUUAAUCAAGUCUCAACUCCAAGAAAAUCCCAAUCUUGAUUUAAUCUCCAAUUUUUUGAAAAAAAGUCUUUUCUUUUUGAGAUUCCUAACUAAGUGAGAGGUGGGUGUUGAGUAAAAGGUAUUCUGAUUCCUCCACACACACCAAAAAUGCUCCCUCCUCCUCUGAUUUAACACUGAUUUAUGCCAUUCCCAACCUCCCAACCUCCUCUCUCCACCUCUCCCCUCUCUCGAUCUUGAUGAGGUGGGACAUGGAGAUCUUAUCACCAAGCUCCUACUUCUCCAAUUCAAGCUGGCUCCUCGACGAGAGCAGGAGCACGAGGUGGACCGCCGCCGAGAACAAGCUCUUCGAGAACGCCCUCGCAUUGUUCGACGAGAACACGCCGGAGAGGUGGCAGAAGGUGGCCGCGAUGGUGCCCGGGAAAACCGUCGGCGACGUGAUUAGGCAGUACAAGGAGUUGGAGGAUGAUGUCAGCAGUAUUGAGGCAGGGCUUAUCCCUGUCCCUGGCUACGCCACUUCUUCUCCCUUCACCCUCGAGUGGGGCGGCGCCGCCCAUGGCUAUGACGGCUUUAAGCACUCCUUCGCCGGAGGGAGGAAGGCGCCGCCGCUGGGAAGGCCGUCGGACCAGGAGAGGAAGAAGGGGGUGCCUUGGACUGAGGAGGAGCAUAAAUUGUUCUUGAUGGGGCUGAAGAAGUAUGGGAAAGGGGAUUGGAGAAACAUAUCUAGGAAUUUUGUGAUCACAAGAACUCCAACACAAGUAGCUAGCCACGCCCAAAAAUACUUCAUCCGGCAGCUCUCCGGCGGGAAGGACAAACGGCGGGCCAGCAUUCACGACAUCACCACCGUGAACCUCAACGAGCACCAGUCGCCCUCAUCAGAGACAAAGAAGCAACCCUCGCCAGAGCAGCCCUCGAUCCUUGCCCCACAGCCGGAGAAGCUCCCAAGCUACCCAUGGAGCCAGGCUACCAACGAGGCCGUUGUGGGGUUCAGCUCACUUUGCCAUGGGAACAUGUUCGCCUCCCCGCCCUAUGGCAUAGGCUCUUUCGGGAACAAGAUGCACGGUCAGCACCUGCAACGGGACAUGUUUAUCGGGUCCCAAAACGCGGUGUUUCAGAUGCAGCCGGAGCUGCACUACCCCAAUGCAUAGAUUGAUGGAUGCAUUUGUGAUCUUGUUGGUUUGAGAAAAAGGCAUAGUUAAAUUUUUUAGCCUAAAAGCUUAGCUUUUGCUUGUGAUUUUUCUUGAUUU